AUGGAAAAUAACUAUUUUUGCACAAUAAAUGAUUUAUUAUUAGAUACAUCACUGAUUGUUGAUGAAUAUUCAUGUCCUCUUUGUAAUCAAAUAUUAUAUAAAGCUGAAAUUUAUCAAUGUAAAGAGAAAGAUUAUCAAUAUAUUGGAGGUAGUGGUGAUGAUGAUGAUGAUUAUGAUGAUGAAAAUGAUUCAAUACCAUUAAUUAAAGAUAAAGAGAAUGGAUGUAAACAAAUAAUUACAGUGGAAGAAUUAGAUACACAUUUAAAACAAUGUCAAUUUAAAUUUGUUGAAUGUCCAAAUAAAAAGAAUGGUUGUGAAAUUCAAUUUAGAUUUAACAAAUUAGAGAUUCUAAAAGAUCAUGAACAAAUAUGUGAUUCAAGAUUUGAAAAAUGUAAACAUUGUUUAGAAUUAAUUGUAUUUAAAAAUUUAAAUUCUCAUCAAGAUCAAUGUAUUAAAACAUUAAUUGAGUGUAUUAGUUGUAAAAGUCACAUUGAAAGAGGAAAAUUGAAAAAACAUUUAAAUCUAAAUUGUCCAAAUGAAAUCGUUGAUUGUGCAUUCAAAGCCAAUGGUUGUAAUGAUCAAAUGAAAAGAGUCGAUCUAUCACAACAUUUAUUAAUUUCAAAACAUAUGUUAUUCAUUUCAGAAUCGAUUGAAAAACAGCAAAAUCAAAUCCAACAUACUAAAAGAAAAUAUUUAAAAUUAAAAAGAAAAAUUCAAGAAAUUAAUGAAAAUUCAAUUAAUAAAAUUUAUGAAAAUGAUUGGUUCAUAAAGAAUUUUACAAAAUCAAAAAAAAAAGUUGGUUCUUUUUUUUUAGGUCCUGAAUUUAAAAUUGGUUCUUUUGAAUUUGGUUUAUCAUUGUAUCCAAAUGGUAGAAUUGAUACAUUUGAAAAUCAUUUAGUAAUUGCAUUAUUUGAAAAAAGUGGUCUUUAUAAAUCAGUAACUGUAGAAUCUGAUUUUACAUUAAUUAAUAAAGAAGAAUCUGAUAAUAAUAAUAAAAACUAUUUUUUUGAAAAUUUAUUAAAAGUAAGAGAUUUGGUUAUUUAA